AUGGCAAGCAAGGCAAUAAGAAACGGGGUUCUUAGUCUUAGGAUUUUCACUCUCCUUGCCUUGGCUGCUUCCAUCGUGCUUAUGGCUCUCAACAAUUUUGACAAUGUCGAUGGUUCCAAGACUAACUUCACGGAUCUCAUUGCUUACAGGUAUGUAGUGGCAGCUGCUGGCAUAGGAUUUGUGUAUACGCUGAUUCAGAUACCAUUUGCGAUAUACAAUGUGGUCAAAGAAAAGAGGUUGAUACGUAAUGGAUGGUUACAAGUGUUCGAUUUCUAUGGAGACAAGGUAGUAGCAUUUUUAUUAGCAACAGGAGUUGGUGUUGGUUUUGGUGUUAGUUUUGAGUUGAAGAGGGGUUCUGGCGAUAGUAAAAAGUUCUUGAAUCGUGGCAAUAUUUCGACUGGACUUCUAUUCGUGGGAUUCGUUUACAUGGCUUUUCUAAGUAUAUUUUCAUCGAUCCGUUUCUCUUCAAGCAAAGGAUUUUUCAAAUAA